AUGUCUACCUUCGUCGCCAAAGCUGCUGCUGACCUCACGAAGAUCGAACCCCUCAACGGGCUCAACUACCGCAGGUGGGCGGUGAAGCUAAUGAUCCAUUUCGAAGCCCUCGAAAUUGACUAUGUCGUCCUCAACGGUCCACCGGCGAACCUGCUAGAAGCUGUCCUGCCUGCACAACCAGUCACGACUGAUGAUGAGCAGUCAGACAAUGCAGCCACUGAACAGAAUGCAGCAGCAGCAGAUCCGAAGACGCCACUUUCGUCCAAGACAGACGAUCGAAUCCAAGACACUCGUACCAAGUACGAGCGCGAUAAUAAAACGGUAAGGGGUAUUCUGCUUCAUUAUAUGUCCGAUGCACUACUGGACAUUUAUGCCAGCCACAAGUGUGCCAAAACAAUAUGGGAUUUAUUGCGAAAGAAGUACGGCUCAGACGACGCAGGGCGGAAGAAAUAUGCCGUUGCCCGCUGGUUGAACUACAAAAUGAUGGAUGGUAAGCCAGUCAUUGAUCAAGUGCAUGAGUAUGAAAAUUUGGUUGGAGAUCUAAUCACCGAAGGUAUACCUGUAAGUGACGCCCUUCAAACUUAUUCUCUUCUUGAAAAAUUACCAGAAUCCUGGUCAGGAUUCCAAAAUAAAAUGAAACACGAGCCUAAGGAAUGUACAUGGGAAGAAAUGGUAAACCAUAUCAAUAUUGAGGAGGCAUUUUGCCUCAGGCAGAGCUCAAUUUCUUUUUCUGAAAAAAUGAAGGCUAAUGUAAUAGAAACGAGUGACAGGUCUAAAAAUGGAAAUGCUGGCCAAAAUAAAACCUGGAAAAAGAAUGUGAAAGUCAAUAACACCAACAACUUCAAAGCGAAUAAGAAUCACAAAGCAGGUAAAGGGGGACCAUGCUAUGUCUGCGGGAAGCAUGGUCACCGGGCAGCACAGUGCUACUACAAGAAAGGAGGAAAUGACCCGAAGGGAAAUCAAGGCGGACCCAAGAAUCAAGCCAAUGUGGUGGAAGAAAGUGAAGUGGUAGCAGCAGUAAUAACGCUUGAAGCAAACAUAGUAGAAGAUUCCAAAGAAUGGGUCGUGGACACCGGAGCUUCACGUCAUUUCUGCUCAAAUAAAGGCCUCUUCAAGAACUUCCAGGCAAUUGCUCAAGGACAAGGUGACCAAGUCUACAUGGGAAACGAUAGCAUGGCUGAGGUAAGAGGUAGUGGUAGUGUAGAAAUAAAGCUGUGCUCUGGCAAAAAUUUACUAUUGAGCAAUGUAAUGUAUGUACCCACUCUGCGUAGAAACUUGGUCUCGGGGCCGCUGUUGGUCAGAGCCGGGAUCAAGUUGGUGUUUGAAUCUGAAAAAAUGAUCAUGAGUCGCAGGGGGGAAUACUUGGGAAAAGGGUAUUUGCGUGGGGGGCUGUUUGUGUUGCCUCUCAUUGCAUUUACCAACGAGAACAUUACAAAUAAUGCGAAUAAAGUAAAUAACGUGGCCAGUGGUUCUGGCAAUUCUGCUUAUAUUGCUAUCUCAUUUGAUAUGUGGCAUGCUAGCUCUCAAAGGGACGAACCAACCUUGUUCCCACCCUCACAGAGUGAGUAUGAUCCUGAUCAGCUCAAAAGGAGCAAGAGACAACGAACUGAAACAAGCUUUGGUUCAGACUUUAUCACAUACAUAACUGAAUUAAAAGAUAUAAAUGAGCUAUCUGAACAGUUUGUAUGUCAGUUAAUCCUCGAGGAGGAGCCAAAAACGUUCGAGGCAGCUAUGCGCUCAGUUGAUGCUGUGUUCUGGAAAGAGGCUGUCCAGAGUGAACUGGACUCAAUAAAGUCUAAUCACACGUGGGAGCUAGUAGAGCUUCCAAAAGGAGCAAAACCUAUUGGUUGCAAGUGGAUUUUCAAAAGAAAAUUGAGACCAGAUGGGUCGAUAGAGAGAUUCAAGGCAAGACUCGUAGCAAAAGGUUAUAAACAGAAGUUUGGAGAAGACUACUUCUGUACCUACUCGCCUGUGACAAAAAUAGCUACAAUACGAGUGCUAUUUGCGCUGGCAGUAGCGCACAAGUGGACAGUCCACCAAAUGGACGUCAAGACAGCUUUCCUAAAUGGAGAUCUGGAGGAAGAGAUCUACAUGGAACAACCGUCUGGGUGUGUUGACCCAGGACAAGAAGGAAAGGUGUGUAGACUCGUAAAGUCCCUUUAUGGACUAAAACAAGCCCCUAAACAAUGGAAUGAAAAAUUUCAUAGAACACUAAUGGAAUUGGGGUACACAGUCAAUAGAUCAGAUGCAUGCCUAUACUCAAAACAGUUUGAGUCAAGCAUGGUACUCAUCUGCAUCUAUGUAGAUGACAUGCUAAUCUUCAGCCCUAAUGUCAGUGCAAUAAUAGAGACAAAAAGGUCCCUAUGUGAGAAAUUUGACAUGAAGAACUUGGGGGAGGCCGAUGUGAUACUUGGGGUGAAAGUUAUCCAGAGUGGGAGUAACUACAAGUUAUCACAGAGUCACUAUACAGAAAAGCUGUUAAGAAAGUUCAACAGCUUUGAAGUGACUCCGGCUCCAACUCCUUAUGACUCCAGUGUCAAGCUGACGAAACACACUGGAACAGGGGUAGCACAAGAAGACUAUGCAAAGAUCAUAGGGAGUCUGAUGUUCUUAAUGAACUACACCAGACCUGAUAUUGCUCUAGCAGUAAACCGACUCAGUCGUUACACACACAACCCAAGUGAAGCACAUUGGCAUGCACUAAAACGUGUGUUGCGCUACCUGAGAGGUACAGUAGAGUGGGGGCUUAACUACACUGGGUUUCCAAAUGUCCUAGAAGGAUACUGUGACGCAAACUGGGUCAAUGACAGUGAUGAUGUCAGCUCCACCAGUGGGUAUGUUUUCACCAUGGGUGAAGCAGCUGUGUCCUGGAAAUCAACCAAACAGUCCUGCAUAGCCAGAUCAACAAUGGAAGCUGAGUUCAUAGCCCUUGAUCUGGCUGGCCAAGAGUCUGAAUGGUUAAGAAACCUACUGGCAGACAUGCCGCUGUGGGGGAAUUCCACUCCGUCAAUCCAUAUACACUGUGACUCACAAACUGCUAUCUGUGUAGCAAAGAACAGCAUGUAUAACGUGAAGAGAAGACACAUAAGAGUCAGACAUGAGUCUGUACGACAGUUAAUAGUGAAUGGGGUAAUCACCCUAGAGUAUGUGAAAUCCGAGAAAAACAUCGCAGACCCUCUAACGAAAGGGUUGAACAGGAAAGGCAUCCUCGAUACAUCGAGGGAAAUGGGGUUAAAAUGA